AUUUUGGCCCACUGGUUUAUUUUACACACAUCAUGCCUCAGAAAGCAAUCUAGUCUUAUAUUUCCUCUACAUUUCUCUUCCCCAUCUAAUAUAUAUGCUCAUCUUCACAUUCAUGACAUCUAUACAGCUUGUUUAACAAUGAGCACUUGUCCAGCACCCUGCAAUAGAUCAUGGUCUAUAAGUGACGAUUCCUUGAGAAGGUAUGUGCAUUUUGCCAGUGAGAGCUGCAUACAGGAGCUCUUAUCAGCUUCCGACUGUAAAAGUGUUGGAAAUGAAGAUGAUGGAUGGAAAUUACUUGCAUUUGAUAACGGAGUUGAGAUAUCAAAACGACGAUCUGGCUCCUUUGAUACUUUCAGGAGUCGCUGGCUACUCACAUCAGUCUCUCCAGAACAAUUUAUCACAGUGGCUAAUGCCAUCGAUGCUGCAAAGCAAUGGGAUGCUGAUCUGGUUGAAGCCAAGUACAUUAAAGAUCUUGAAGACAAUCUGAGCAUCAUACGACUAAGAUUUGGCGAGAGCUCCAAGCCUCUUUUUAGAAACAGAGAAUUCAUUGUCUAUGAGCGACGUGAAACCAUGGAUGAUGGCACUCUGGUGGUUGCAGUAGCAUCACUUCCGAAAGAGAUAGCAGCAGGGCUGCAUCCGAAACAAAACAAUGCGAUAAGAGGAUUGCUAUUGCAGUCUGGAUGGGUUGUCGAAAAGCUUGACGAUGACUCCUGUAUGGUCACCUAUGUUGUUCAGUUGGAUCCUGCAGGAUGGUUGCCCAAGUUCUUUGUAAAUCGGCUCAACACUAAACUGGUUAUGAUUAUUAAAAAUCUGCAGAAGCAAGCACAGGCUUGUUCCAUUCAUGUUGAUACAUGAUCAUUACGCAGCAAGUGUGCAAUAAAGAAAAAGUAGUAUAUAUAAUUUUGUAGAUAAAUAUCAAUUUUGUAAUCAUUUUCGCUUGUGUAAGAAUAUGUUCCUCCAUCCAUGUAUGAAUCAGCUUAAACGUACAUAUACACCAUUAAUCCAAAAUACCGGGUGUGCUAUAAGAUCUUAAUUUCGAGACA